GCUCCCCAGGCCGUCAGUCAUUCUCCCCCCCACCCCCCCACCCCACCCCCACCCCGACCCUUCCCUUGUGCAGGCAUGAACCCGGCCCACACCACUGUGCUCCUGUGGGUGUGGGGGAGUCUCCAGGCCUUUGAAAUUGUGGAGAAGGAGAACAUUUUUCAGAGGACGCCCUGCCCGGCUUUCCUGAUGUUCGACAAUGCAGCCUACCUGGCCGACAUGAGCUUUGAGCUCCCCUGCCACUGCAAGCCCGAGGAGGUGGCUGCGGUCGUCUGGUACUAUCAGAAGCACCUGGGUAGCAGCCACACCAAGGUGCUGACGGACUUCGAUGGGCGGGUGCUGACCGAGGCGGCGCAGGUGCGCGUGGGCAGCGACAUGCUGGUCCGCUUCAGCAUCCGCAUGUUCAGCCUGCUGGUCUUCCGGGCCCAGCCCGAGGACUCGGGCUUGUAUUUCUGCGGCACCCGCAAGGGGGACUACUUUUACGCCUACGACGUGGACAUCCAGAGCGGUGAGGGCAUGGUGGCCACCUUCAAGGACCAGGGCCAAGAGCCCUUCGCAGACGAGUACCACGGGAGCCUCCGCGUCUUCACUACCUUCUGGGAGUGGACCCCCUGCGACCGCUGCGGGGUGCGCGGGGAGCAGUGGCGCAUUGGCCUGUGCUACCUGCAGAGCCCGGACCUCUCCCCUCGCUACCGCCGAACGCUGCCUGACGUGGUGUCCUGUGGCUCCCGGGCCGUGCCGAGGCCGCUUCGGGCCAAGGUCAGCGACCACACCCCCGAGCUGCUGGUGCGGAGCUGCCUGGUGCCCUGCGAGACGACGAAGAUCCAGAAGGGCGUGAUGGCCAUCUUCAACUACGUGUCCAAAGUGGGCAGCCGGCCCUGGCUGCCCCAGGUCCCCAUUCAGUUCCACCAGCAGAGACUGGGCCACGGACUCAUCAUCUCCUGCCCCGGGGCCCGGCCCGAGCACGCCGUGGCCUGGGACAAGGACCGCCAGUACCUCUACCGCACGCAGUACCUGCGGGGCGUCAACCGGUCCAUGAGGGUGUUCAUCGACCACGGCAACCAUCUCCACAUCCGCUUCACUCAGCUGGAAGACCGGGGCAUCUACUAUUGCUGGCGGCAGGGGGAGCGCAUCGCUGGGUUCCGACUGGGCGUGACACAGCGAGGCCGCUACCCCGCCUCCUUCUCCGACCCCGAGACUCGCGCCGCCCUGCGGCUCACCCUGAUAGGCUACCUGCUCAUCACGGCGGUCUUCGUCACCGUUCACCUCUGUCGUUGCUGCUGUCACUUAUUUCGCUGUUGGCCCGACCUCUCCCCCUAG